AAUUGCAGCGAAGAAAUUUAAACCAGUGAUAGUGCGUAGCCAUCUCCAAAGCCAAAAACCACAGCGAAUACAAAAAAAGAUGCAGUGGCAGUUUUAAACCGACGUAAAACUAAAGCGGGAUAACACAAUGUUAAACAUCAGCGCAGAAGAAGAAGCUUUCUUCAACGCUACAUCCGCUGGGAUCGUCAACAAUUCAGCCUUGGAUAUACCACCGUACGAGGAGAGACCAGAGACUUACUACGUUCCCGUCUUGUUUGCAAUCAUCUUCCUAGUCGGUGUUGUGGGAAACGGAACCGUGGUAAUCAUAUUCAUCCGACACAAGAAAAUGAGAAGCGUUCCAAACACUUACAUCUUCAGUCUAGCUAUAGGAGAUCUUCUAGUGAUCAUCAGCUGCGUUCCUUUCACCUCAAUUAUCUACACAGUUCCCAGCUGGCCAUUCGGAGAGAUUGUAUGCAAGUUAUCGGAGACCUCGAAAGACAUAUCAAUUGGAGUUUCUGUCUUCACAUUGACAGCUCUCUCGGCGGAGAGGUUUUUCGCGAUUGUCGACCCGAUUCGUAAACAGCUCUCCUAUCUGGGUGUGAGAGGAGCUACCAGAGUAGCUUUAGCUAUUUGGGGUCUCGCCAUCUUCUUUUCACUACCUGCUGCGUUUGGAGCUUACGUCCGAGAAGUGAGGGAAAACGAUACUUCGAUCGUUAUUUGCUAUCCUUUCCCCGAAGAGUACGGGAUAGGUUACGCCAAGGGAGUCAUCCUAGCGAGGUUCCUCAUCCAUUACACCGUACCACUCAGUAUUAUCGCAUUCUUCUACAUAAUGAUAGCUCGCCACUUGAUAAUUAGCACGAAGAAUAUUCCAGGUGGGCUGCAGCCCCACCAAGCGAGACAAAUCAAGGGGAGAAAAAAAGUAGCCAAGACUGUAUUAGCUUUCGUUAUCAUCUUCGCAGUGUGUUUCUUCCCUAACCACGUAUUCUUCCUCUGGUUCUACUGGUUCUCAAAAAACCCCGAGCAGAACUACAACGCGUUCUGGCACCACUUGAGGAUAGUAGGGUUUUGUCUGACGUUUGUCAACUCUUGUAUCAACCCUAUAGCUCUGUACUGCGUGACGGGUACGUUUAGGAAACACUUCGACCGCUACCUAUUCUGCUGCUGGAAGCAUACCGCGGUUCAUCGUGGACGCUCCAGCCAGCGUAGACACACCGGGACUAGGAAGUGGGACUCCACCACCCUCCACCUGCACCACAGCACGGUACGACGUCCAGGCAACACCGCAGAGUGUACUGUCACCACAUUCAUGAACGGCGGAGUCACAGACAACAUGUGACGCCAUGACAGGCGCCGCUGGACACAUUCGCCGCAGGAAGAGUCACAGGAGGCGCUCGAUGAAUCGUACUCUACCUUCGCCAUGUUGAACUUCCCUUAGGUUUCUGACGAAGAUCUUCCACCUUUGUAAUGUUCCGCCUCAACCUUCACACGGAAACCCUUAUGACUUAUUUAUUACUCCGAUUGACACUAAGUUUACUGUGAAAGUUCAAAGGAAGGGAGAUAGAGUUGGUAUGGACUGGUGAAAACCAUGUACCAUUGAGGACCCCAUUUCCUGGUCAGCUGAAGAAAGUAAAGUAUUGCUAUAUACGAGGGAGAUUAAGACAUGUUUUUUGCAGCUAACAACUUUUCGUUUUUUUACUAUCUCCACUAUAAACCAUUUUUGAAACAAUCUAAACGUAGAUGGUCUCCGCUACGCUUGAAAGGUAGAAACUGUACCUAGUUUUAUUCAACCAUAGGGGUUGUAAUUAAUUAUUCUGGCUAUAGAAAAAUAUCUUGGCAGUAACAAAGAUAUAUACUCAUAAUAAACUUAUCUUACGUUCACAAUUUGGUAAAAAUAAGCUCAGGAUUGCCCUUAUCUUAUAAUAUUAAUACU